AGGAGGGUGGAGGAGGGCUCAGUAAUGUCUGUGUGUGUUAAUCUGGGCUGCGCUGUCCUGCAUCCUGUUGAGAGGAAGAGAGAGAGGGAACAUGGUUCAGUGCCUCCGUUCAUAGUGUUAAGAGAGAAGCUGAGUUAGAGAACACCAUCAUUCCAGCUGCUGUCGUUUCUGCCAUUACUACGGUAACCAUUACAGCUGACACAAACACAAGUAAAAGAACGGACAAAGAGAACGAAAAAGGAGUGAAGAGAACAGGAAAAAGAACAAAGGGAAGAAGAGAGUUGAGGAAGGACAAGGAUGUCUUGAGAGACACAGCUGUGAAGAACUCCUAGAAAAAAAGACAGAAGAGGAUUGCUGGAGCUGUUCCUGUCUGUCUGCCAGUUUGUCUGUAAUGGAGUCUCCUACUAAAGACAUGGAGGAGUUUGAGAGCAGCUCUCUUAAGUAUCUCAAGCCAGACCAGAUAGAGAAUAUAUGGAUCAGACUACGGGGACUGAGGAAGUACAAGAAGACAUCUCAGAGGUUGAGAUGUCUGGUGAAGCAGCUAGAGAGAGGGGAGGCAUCUCUUGUGGACCUGAAGAAGAACCUGGAAUAUGCAGCCUCUGUUCUGGAGUCGGUUUACAUAGAGGAAACACGGCGAUUGGUUGACACAGAGGAUGAGCUGAGCGAUAUUCAAUCAGAGUCUGUUCCCUCUGAGGUCCGUGAUUGGUUGGCGUCAACAUUCACCCGUCAGAUGGGUUUGAUGUUGCGGCGGACUGAGGAGAAACCUCGUUUCAGAAGCAUUGUUCAUGCUGUGCAGGCUGGCAUCUUCGUGGAGAGGAUGUACAGACGGACCUCUAAUAUGGUUGGACUCAGCUACCCUUCAACUGUUAUAUCAGUCCUGAAGCACAUAGACAAGUGGUCGUUUGAUGUGUUUGCUCUUAAUGAAGCCAGCGGAGACCACGCCCUCAAAUUCAUCUUCUAUGAGCUACUGACACGCUACGACCUCAUCUGCAGAUUUAAGAUCCCUGUCUCUGCAGUGGUGUCAUUCGUAGAGGCUCUGGAGGUGGGCUACAGUAAACACAAAAACCCUUAUCACAACCUGAUGCACGCUGCUGAUGUCACACAGACCAUCCACUACCUACUGCUGAAGACUGGCAUGGUGCAUUGGUUGACAGAGUUGGAGAUCUUUGCAUUGAUCUUUGCAGCAGCGGUUCACGACUACGAACACACUGGAACCACCAACAACUUCCACAUCCAGACCAGGUCAGACUCUGCUAUCCUGUACAAUGACCGUUCAAUCCUAGAAAGUCAUCAUGUCAGCGCUGCAUACCGCCUCCUACAGGACGACGAUGAGAUGAACAUAUUCUACAACCUCAGCAAGGAUGACUGGAGAGAGCUGCGAGCCUUGGUAGUAGAGAUGGUGCUGGCUACGGACAUGUCUUGCCACUUUCAGCAGGUCAAACACAUGAAGAACUUCCUGCAACAACCAGAAGGGAUUGAUAAGCCCAAGGCCCUGUCCCUCCUACUGCAUGCAGCUGAUAUCAGCCACCCAGCCAAAACUUGGGACCUGCAUCAUCGCUGGACAGCCUCCCUGCUGGAGGAAUUCUUCAGACAGGGUGAUAAAGAGGCAGAGUUAGGACUGCCAUUCUCUCCUCUGUGUGACCGCAAGUCAACCAUGGUCGCUCAGUCACAGAUCGGGUUUAUAGAUUUCAUCGUCGUUCCAACGUUCACAGUAUUGACGGAUAUGACAGAGAAAAUUGUCACUCCCCUGAUUGACGAGGCGUCACACAGCCUGGCUGGAUUCAGACACUCCAGUCUGAACAGCAUCAGCUGUGAAGAUGCUAAGUGGGGUAGUCAGAGGACUUCAGCCUCGGAGGGCAGUCCUACAGAAAGCUGUUCUCUAUUGGCUGUGGACCUGAAGAACUUUAAGGAUUUAUGGAGCGAAGAGGUUUAUCAGAACCGAAACAGAUGGAAGACACAAGCCACUAAAGAAACAGAGGAAAAGGCCCUAAGGGAAAAUGAGGAGGACAGAGCCCAGCCCAAAGAGACUCUAAAGGGACAUACUGAACCAGUGGUGGAAGACACCAUGAAACCCCAGGAUGGGCAAUCAGAACAAAAAGUGGGAGAGACAGAAACCAGUGAGGGUGAGGGAGAGAAGAAGAGAGAAACACGAGAGGAGCUGAACAGAUGUGACGACGGAGAAACGGGGGAGGGGGGUAAAGAGAGUGAUGGAGGGAAAAUGCAGCCUGCUAGUUCAGCAGACACCAACUCACUGGAAGAGAAUGGAGAAAUGCCAGAGGGGGCAGAAUUUCCACCGAGUGACCAGAACAACCUGCAAUCAAAUGAAGAGAUAACGAUGGACUAAGAACAACAGGCAAGACUGGGAGGACGAUAAAUGACCAUCAUGUGCUUAAGCUCUAGCGCCCUCUACGGAAUAGAUAUGUCUUCUUCCAUCUGUCUUUCUACUGGAUCAAUAUGUCUUCCAUCUGUCUCUCUAAUGGAUAGAUAUGUCUUCUUCUAUCUGUCUCUCUAAUGGAUAGAUAUGUCUUCUUCCAUCUGUCGUGACUGGAUAGAUAUGUCUUCCAUCUGUUUCUCUACUGGAUAGAUAUGUCUUUUUCCAUCUGUCUCUACUGGAUAGAUAUGUCCUUUUCCAUCUCUUUCUCUACUGGAUAGAUAUGUCUUCUUCCAUCAGUCUUCUUGCAGUCUUCCCUAAUUUUUCUUGUUCUGUCAUAGGUUCAUGUUAGAACUGUAUGAUGACAAAAUUCCCCUUCUGAAUGAACCCUAACCCUGGUGCUCAAAAUGUAUGCGGUAAUCCAACUACAGUUCUGGUGAGACAGAAGCCUGUAUGUCAUAUGUUCUGUUUUCAUAGUUGUUUCUUCAAGCCUCUGACACUGGAUGUUUCUUUGUGUCCUUUUUAGACGAGGAAUAGACAGACUGUUCAUUUAAACAGAAAUGUACAUAUACCGUUCUGAUAAAUGGGAGACCAGCCUUGGCGAUCAAGGCUAAUUUACUUUUAUACAUCUGUAAUGAACUUGUCAUCUUACUUUUAAAUACCUUUGUAAACUAUUAGGCAAAUCCUCAUUGAACCAUUUUGCUGUAUAGUGGUCAGGGUUAAAGGUCAAGGGUUUCCUGUUUAAAGGUUCGUUCAAUGCUUUUCAGUGAGGAUCAUUAGAUAUGGUAAUUGGAUUUACUUUAUGAACUGAUGUCAUUGGCUCAACCCUGGUUUGACUUUAGUGUUUUUUGUUUUAUAUUGUGUCUUCUAUUUAAAAUUCUCAUUAAUUGUAAUAGUGUACUCAAUGUGUAUGUUCAACUUUGUUAUUGUUUCAGAGGCCUGUACUACAAAGCAGGAUUUGGGGUUAGUGAGCUAACUUCAGGUUGAACCCUGGGUUGUCAGUGUCACAACAGUGGUUCCCUUGGCACCGGUUACAUCACUAUGGUAACUUAUGCAGCACACCUAACCUGCCCCGGAGCAGAUUAUAUUCCAGAUAACAGAUCAACACGUGAAAAACAAGGUGCUUCCUGCUCUAACAGAGCUACUUGAUACAUUUGUUGUGUUUCCUGGCCACAUUAAAAGGGGGCUUUUAUGAAAUAGCUGGUAAACAAAUUACGUGGACUACUUCAUCUAUUAAUAAUGUAGCCCCUUUGACGCUUACUGUUUUAGGCCUUUAUUAAAUGCAUACUCCUGUAUCUACCUGAAACAGAGACUGACUCCAGCAGCCUUGUACUUUUUGAGUAGUAGGUAAUCCUACUUAGUGGUGAAUUAUGUUUUUAUAUUUAUUUUUUAUGGACUACUUAGCACAGCCAGGGUUGCAACUGAAACAAUAAGGCAAAAAUGGUCUUACGCACCAUAAGAAUUAAUCUAAUGGAGUACACAACUGUAAUUAUAGUCAGAUCUAGUUGUGCCUUAAUGAUGGGGCAGUGAUAGGCUAUUGAAAAGCCUUGCAAUUUUUGGAUUUACAGUCUGCAUUUUUUUGGCCAGCUUUCCUUCUUGCUUUUGGCAGCAGCAACUGUGUUCCUUUUAGCCUGGAUUAUAUUUCUAUAUUCUUCAUUUUUCUCUAAAGUGAUCGUUUGCUCUUGAAUGGAAUAUGCGUCUCUAGACUUGUCCAUGUUUGUGAUUGGUCAUGGCUUUUAUUUGAAUGCGCCCAUGGCUAGAUUGGGAAAACCUGGGUAGAUUUAACAAAUAGAUAACCACUGUUGUGACAACACUUUUGCGGAGUUGCAGUUUUUGGCUCAGUGAAGCCAACUAACGAAAAUAAAUCCUGGGCAUGUUGAACUUG